AUGUCAUUAUAUCAAGAGCGAAACAAUCUCACAGCCAAGCUGUCUUUGGAUGGAGAGGCUGUUCAAAUAGACCAAUCGCUUUAUCGUUGGUACGAAACAGCUCGAGACAUGAAAGAAGACUCUGUAACACCUUCAAAAGAGGAUCUCAGUCUCCAUUCCACCGAGGACCUUUUACUGGAACCGCUAAUACCUAUGAUUCCAGUUGGUUCAGAAAUACAAGGGCAGGCUGAUGGACCAAAUCUAUCUUUCGAAGGGGACACAGAGCUGAAGUCACAGCUAGGUAAGAUAACAGAGGGUGCACAGUAUGCCCUGCCUCUAACUGAUUCGGAGUUCAUGGACCUCAUAAAUCAUAGACCUCAAGAAGAAGCGAAUCCAGAAUUUAUUGGGAGCAAUUCGAUGGAACAAAUUGUUCCGGAGUCCAUUCUGGCUUAUUCGCAAUCCUCGCACGUGGCACAGUUAUAUGGUGACCCCAAAGUGUUCGGUACCAUUUCAAAGCAGACAAAAAGAGGAAGUUACCGGUGUGCUCAUUGUUCUGAAAACUUUCCAACGCUACUAAAGUUUGCCGCGCAUUUAGACGAGUCCAAUCUGGAAAGACCGUAUAAGUGUCCUAUAGGGCACUGCCCCUGGAAAAUACUAGGUUUUCUACAAGCAAAUGGUCUGAGAAGGCACUGCUCAUCUCAGCAUAGAGGCGAGCUUGAUAUGGAGAUGGAGAAGUCAUUGAAUCUAAAAGUAGAAAGAUAUCCAGGACUAAACUGCCCAUUCUCCAUUUGUCAGAAGACAUUCAAGCGGAAGGAUGCCUACAAGAGGCAUGUAGCCAUGGUGCACAAUAAUGCUGAUUCGAGGUUCAAUAAGCGUUUAAAAAAAAUCAUGAACAAUGUUUCCAAAUAG